AAAAUGGCGCUAUCUUGUGCGAUUUCUAAUGAAGUACCAGAGCAUCCAGUAAUAUCUCCUGUCUCUGGCUCAAUAUUUGAGAGACGUCUCAUAGAAAAAUAUGUGACUGAAAAUGGAGUAGAUCCUAUUAAUGGCAAGGAACUUGCCAUUGAACAACUUAUUGAUAUCAAAGCAACUCCAAUUGUCAAGCCCAAACCACCUAGUGCAACUUCUAUUCCAGCAAUAUUAAAAAUUAUGCAAGAUGAAUGGGAUGCUGUUAUGUUGCAUUCAUUUACAUUACGACAGCAACUCCAAACUGCAAGACAGGAACUGUCUCAUGCUUUAUAUCAACAUGACGCGGCUUGCCGUGUGAUUGCUAGAUUGACUAAGGAAGUUACUGCUGCUAGAGAGGCUCUUGCUACUCUCAAACCACAAGCUGGAAUUGUUCAGGCUACAAUCCCACAGCCGGCUGUGGCAGUAGAAGCUGGUGGCACAGCAACACAACCAAUGGAACAAGCUGGUAUCACUGAAGAUGUAAUACAGAAACUUCAAGAGCGAGCAACUGUUCUUACUCAAGAGCGAAAAAGGCGUGGACGGUCAGUACCGGAAGACCUUAUGCCUCAGGACAGUAUCCGGUCAUUCCAAACUCUGGCAUCACAUCCUGGACUUCACUCUGCCAGUGUGCCUGGAAUUCUGGCACUUGAUAUUCACAAUGCAGAUACUAGCAAGAUUUUAACAGGUGGUGCUGACAAGAAUGCUACUGUUUUUAACAAGGAUACUGAGCAAGUAGUGGCAAUCCUCAAAGGACACACAAAAAAAGUACGCACAAUCAAUUUAAAUUUGAUGACUGCGUCACCCGAUACUACAAUUCGUGUGUGGAACGUUGCUACCAGUCAAACAACAUUAUUAUUAAAAGCUCACGAUGCACCUGUGACUGGAUUGUCUUUACAUCCAACUGGCGAUUAUCUACUGAGUUCCUCUCUAGAUCAACAUUGGGCCUUUUCAGAUAUACGUACCGGCAGAUUAUUAACUAAAAUUGCCGGACAAGCAGGACAACCGUUGACAACUGCGCAAUUCCAUCCUGAUGGUUUGAUUUUCGGCACUGGCACAGCGGAUUCUCAGGUGAAAAUCUGGGAUUUAAAAGAACAAUCUAAUGUAGCAAACUUUCCGGGACACACUGGUCCAAUCACCGCGAUUAGUUUUUCCGAGAAUGGAUAUUACUUGGCAACAGCUGCGGAAGAUUCAUGCGUCAAGCUUUGGGAUUUGCGUAAAUUGAAGAACUUCAAGACAUUACAGUUGGAGGAAUCUUAUGAAGUGAAAGAUAUUUGCUUUGAUCAAAGUGGAACUUAUUUGGCUGUGGCAGGAACGGAUGUCAGGGUAUAUCUCUGUAAACAAUGGCAGGAAUUGAAAGUCCUAAAUGAUCACACAGCCGCUGCCACUGGCGUUCGUUUUGGGAAGCAUGCACAAUAUAUCGCGUCUACUAGUAUGGAUAGAACAUUAAAACUGUACGGAUUAUCAUAAAUAUAGAAAUAUACUGACCAUUAUUUUUAAUUGGAUUAGAAGA